UAUAUAGACCUCCCACCAUUGUAUUCUCCGGGGUCUCUGCUCUCAGGAAUAUAUAGACCUCCCACCAUUGUAUUCUCCGGGGUCUCUGUAGCGUUUGGGGUGUUUUAGGCGUUUCCUGUGCUCUGUCAGCGGCUCUCUGUCAUUUCACUCUUUGGCCAGCAGAGGGCAGGCAGGGUCCGGGGUCUUGUGACCAGAUCAGACUUCCAGCACCGCACCGCUCUGUCUUCUCAGCUGUCUCUGUGGUUUCCGGGUGACGCUCUGCCCCGCUGUGCUCCGUCUCGCUGGUUCCGGGAGCCGCUCUAGGCAGCGCUGUCAGUGCGGAGAGCCGUCUUCUCUAUGGUGGGUCGCUCCGGCCGCUUGUUGUCAGUCUCUAUGGUGUAAGGAGCUGGGAAGAGCCGGGAUGGCGGAGGAAGCGGCCCGGCCCGAAGAUGUGAGCGGCCUCACCGGGAGGGAGGAGACCGAGUGACCGCCCGAGGAGACCCAGCGUUGUGGAAGGAUCGUACGAUGGGUGACGCCAUGGUGGAACCAGCUGCCUCUAAGCUCUCUGGUCAGGUGGCCCUGCAGGGGAACGGCGGCGGGAGCAGCCCCCUCUCCGCCAUCGCGGAGGGCGUGGCGGACGUGUCUCUGGUCAUAGACCCGGACGUGGCGCAGAAGGCGUGUCAGGACGUCCUGGAGAAGGUGAAGCUGAUGCACAGCUCCACCGAGAACCUGGACAGCAUAGGGGACGGCGACCACGUCACCAACGGGGGGGACCCCAAGGCGGAAGAGGCCGGGGCCCCCGCCAGAAUCCGCGAGGAGGACGAGGUGGACAUCAACUGCGUGAAGAACGCCCGGCGGAAGCAGAAGAACUCGGGCAAGCAAUCGUGGCUCCUGCGGCUCUUCGAGUGCAAGCUCUUCGACAUCUCCAUGGGGAUCUCCUACCUCUACAACUCCAAGGAGCCCGGGGUCCAAGCCUACAUCGGCAACCGGCUCUUCUACUUCAAGAACGAGGAGGUGGACUUCUUCCUGCCGCAGCUCCUCAACAUGUACAUCCACAUGGACGAGGACGUGGGCGACGCCAUCAAGCCCUACGUGGUCCACCGCUGCCGCCACAGCAUCAACUUCUCCCUGCAGUGCGCCUGGCUCCUGGGGGCCUACUCCUCGGACAUGCACAUCUCCACCCAGCGCCACUCCCGGGGCACCAAGCUGCGCAAGCUCAUCCUCUCCGACGAGCUGAAGCCGGCCCACAAGAAGCGCGAGCUGCCCGCGCUCAGCCUGACGCCGCCGGACACCGGCCUGUCCCCGUCCAAGAGGACGCACCAGAGGUCCAAGUCCGACGCCACCGCCAGCAUCAGCCUCAGCAGCAACCUGAAGAGGACGGCGAGCAAUCCCAAAGUGGAGAACGACGAUGAGGACCUCUCAUCCAGUUCGGAAAGUCUCGAUAGGUCGUUCACCUCACCUGUCAGACUGGCCCCGGAGCGGGAGUUCAUCAAGUCUCUCAUGUCUAUCGGGAAGAGGCUUGCCACCCUGCCCACCAAGGAGCAGAAGACCCACCGGCUCAUCUCCGAACUCUCCCUGCUUAACCACAAACUGCCAGCCCGCGUCUGGCUACCCACCGCCGGCUUCGACCACCACGUGGUGAGGAUCCCUCACACACAGGCCGUCGUUCUGAACUCCAAGGACAAGGCUCCAUAUUUGAUCUACGUGGAGGUUCUCGAGUGCGAGAACUUCGAGACAUCUAUGGUCCCAACUCGCAUUCCCGAGAACCGCAUCCGCAGCACGCGCUCAGUGGAGAACCUCCCGGAGUGCGGCAUCACCCACGAGCAGAGAGCCAGCAGCUUCACGACGGUGCCCAAUUAUGACAACGACGAGGAGGCCUGGUCGGUGGAUGACAUUGGCGAGCUGCAGGUAGAGCUACCAGAACUUCACACCAACAGCUGCGAUAACAUCUCCCAGUUCUCCGUAGACAGUAUCACCAGCCAGGAGAGCAAGGAGCCCGUGUUUAUCGCUGCCGGUGACAUCCGGCGGCGCCUAUCAGAGCAGCUGGCGCACACGCCCACCACUUUCCGCCGGGACCCCGAGGACCCUUCUGCUGUAGCACUGAAGGAGCCCUGGGAGGAGAAAGUCAGGAGGAUCCGAGAGGGUUCCCCCUAUGGGCACUUCCCCAACUGGAGACUGCUCUCCGUCAUCGUGAAAUGCGGUGAUGACCUCAGACAGGAGCUGCUGGCCUAUCAGGUCCUCAAACAGCUGCAGUCCAUAUGGGAGACGGAACGCGUUCCGCUGUGGAUCCGGCCAUACAAGAUCUUGGUGAUCUCGGCGGACAGCGGUAUGAUAGAGCCGGUGGUCAAUGCCGUGUCCAUCCAUCAGGUGAAGAAGCAGUCCCAGCUGUCUCUUCUGGAUUAUUUCCUCCAGGAACACGGCAGCUACACCACCGAAGCUUUCCUGACCGCUCAACGCAACUUUGUACAGAGCUGCGCCGGCUACUGCCUGGUCUGCUACCUUCUCCAAGUCAAAGACAGGCACAACGGGAACAUCUUACUGGACGCCGAUGGUCACAUCAUUCACAUCGAUUUCGGCUUCAUCCUCUCCAGCUCCCCCAGGAAUCUGGGCUUCGAGACCUCGGCCUUCAAAUUGACGUCGGAGUUUGUGGAU